CCCUCGAUACUCUCUCUCUCUUCAUCGACCAUGGCGGAACCCACUCAAUUGACUCGCCACAUUGAGUCAUACAUCGAUUCCUCUUCUACUUCUACUCCCACUCACCAGGCUGCAAGUUUGGACGCAAUUGGAUGUCUCGUAAUCACUGAUGCCUUAACUCUAGAAGCACUGGUGAGAGAAUUGGAUAUGUAUUUGACCACAACAGAUAACGUUAUUCGUGCAAGAGGAAUACUUCUUCUAGCGGAGGUGCUUACUCGUAUCGAAUCAAAACCACUUGCCAGUGCAACUAUACAUAGCUUGGUUGGGUUCUUCAAGGACAGACUGGCAGAUUGGAGAGCAGUACGAGGUGCACUUGUGGGUUGCUUGGCACUGAUAAGGAGAAAAAGUGUUGUGGGUAUGGUUACUGAUAGUGAUGCCAAAGCCAUUGCUCAAUCUUUUUUACAAAACUUGCAAGUUCAAUCUUUAGGACAGUAUGACAGGAAGCUAUGCUUUGAACUGCUUGAUUGCCUGCUAGAACGCUACUCCGAUGUGGUUGCUCCACUGGGGGAGGACCUUAUUUAUGGAAUUUGUGAAGCCAUGGAUUCAGAAAAGGAUCCAGAAUGUUUAAUGCUCGCUUUUCAUAUUGUUGAGUUUUUGGCACGAUUAUAUCCUAAUCCAUCUGGUCUCCUUGCAAGCUUUGCUAGUGAUCUUUUCGAUAUUUUAGAACCGUACUUUCCCAUUCACUUUACGCAUCCAAUUGGUGGGGAUGCUCAUGUGCAAAGAGAUGACCUGUCCAGGGCUUUGAUGUCUGCAUUCUCUUCUACACCUCUUUUUGAGCCAUUUGUCAUUCCUCUGCUUCUUGAGAAACUUUCUUCUUCGCUAAAUUCAGCAAAGAUUGAUUCCUUAAAAUAUCUUAGAGCGUGCUGCUGCAAGUAUGGAGCAGAAAGAAUUGCAAAACAUGCUAAGACUAUUUGGUCUUCAUUAAAAGACACCAUAUAUAAUUAUUUGGAGGAGCCAGAUUUUUCUUUUGCUCUAGCUUCUGUAGAUGGUAUUGACUUCCCAAAGAAUGAAUUUGUAAUAGAGGCUCUGUCCCUCCUUCAGCAGCUUAUCAUGCAAAAUAGCAGUUUGUUAGUUAGCUUGAUAAUUGAUGAUGAGGAUGUCAAUGUUAUUUUCAACAUCAUCGCCUCCUAUGAGAUAUACGAUGCUAUUCCUGUGCAAGAAAAGAAGAAACUACAUGCUAUCGGUCGCAUUCUCUAUAUUACUGCCAAGACUUCCGUUUCUUCUUGCAACACCGUGUUUCAUAGUCUUUUCUCCCGAAUAAUGGAUAAUUUGGGAUUUUCUGUUAGUAAUAUUGAUAGCUCGCCAAAUGGUGAUAUUUUUCCCUCUCAGAAAGUGAAGUCUGGAUUCCUUUAUCUCUGCAUUGAACUGCUUGCAGGAUGCAGGGAACUGAUUGUUGCAUCUGAGGAACAAGCUCUGCAGUAUGUUUUCGAGCAUGAGACAUUUUGCACUAUGCUUCAUAGUUUUUCAACUCCAUUAUCUAAUGCCUUUGGUUCAGUCUUGGCAGUAAGUGCUGACAUAUGCCCCCUUGAUCGAGAUGUAUACAUUGGAGUGAAGGGUUUGCAGUUACUGGCUAUGUUUCGUUUAGAUGUUUUUCCCAUACCAAAAUCAAUAUUUGAGAAUAUUUUGAGGAAGUUCAUGUCAAUUAUCAUAGAGGAUUUCAACAAAACAAUAUUAUGGAAAGCAGCAUUGAAAGCAUUAUUUCAUAUUGGCUCAUUUGUUGAAAAGUUUCAUGAGUCUGAAAAAGCUAUGAGCUACAGGAGUUUUAUUGUCGAAGAAAUUGUGGAAAUGCUGUCUCAUGAUGAUAUUACUCUGCCCUUUUCACUCAAAGUGGAAGCAUUAUCUGAUAUAGGCAUGACUGGAAUGAAAAAUAUGCUGACAAUUCUUCAAGGGUUGGGAGGAGCUGUAUUUGCUAAUCUAUCUGAGGUUCAUGUCCAUAGAAAUUUAAGGUCUUCUGAAACUGCUGUUCAGCUUUUGGAGUGCUUUUCUUGCAAGUUGCUUCCAUGGAUCCAUGAAAAUGGAGGUUCAGAGGAGUUUGUUGUGCAAUUUGCUGUGGAUAUUUGGAGCCAAGCAGGAAAUUGCAUGGACUUCAUAGUCCAAUUUGAGGAAAAGGGUCUUCUUGAUGCAAUAAUGAAAGUGAUGAAACUUUCUGUUGGGAGUUGCUCUGUGGAGAGCCAAAAUAUUAUAAUUCAAAAAGCUUACAGUAUACUAUCAGCACAUACUAACUUUCAGCUUAAUGAAGUGGAAAGAUUACCACUAACUCCUGUAAAAUAUGACAUUCCCCCUAGAGAUGAAGCGAUACUUUCAUUAUUUGCUUCAGUAGUUAUUGCAGUUUGCCCCAAAACACACAUUCCAAAUAUAAAAGUACUUCUGCAUCUGUUUAUAAUAACCCUCCUCAGGGGUGUUGUUCCAGCUGCACAGGCCUUGGGUUCUAUGAUUAACAAAUUCAUUUCAAAACCCAAUGGUGCAGUUGACAUUACCUUGGAAGAAGCUCUGGAUGUUAUAUUCAACACAAAAAUAUGCUUUUCUAGUACUGAUAUGUUGCGGAGAUUUAAUGGAAUAAGUAAUGGGAGUGAAAUGGUUCUUACUGAUUUGUGCCUGGGCAUUGCAAAUGAUAGAUUGCUUCAGAUCAAUGCCAUUUGUGGGCUCUCUUGGAUUGGAAAAGGUUUGCUUCUGCGUGGUCAUGAAAAGAUUAAAGACAUCACUAUGAUUCUUAUCGAGUGCUUAAUAUCAGGCACAAAUAAUGCCUUGCCUUUGAUCCAAGAUUCACUUGAAAAUGCUGAAGAGCAGAAUUGGGAUCCUUUGGCAAUGAAAUGUGCUGCUGAUGCUUUUCAUGUUCUUAUGAGUGAUUCUGAAGUUUGUUUGAACAGAAAAUUCCAUGCCAUAAUACGGCCUCUAUAUAAGCAGCGGUUUUUCUCUUCUAUAAUGCCUAUGUUUCAACAGUUGAUCACAAAAUCUCAUUCUUCGUUCUCCAGAUCUUUUUUGUAUCGAGCUUUUGCACAUAUCAUGUCUGAUACCCCACUUAUUGUUAUACUGAGUGAAGCUAAAAAGCUCAUACCAGUUCUACUGGAUUGCUUGACCAUGUUGACAGAAGAUAUCCAAGAUAAAGAUAUCUUGUAUAGUCUCUUGCUAGUUUUAUCUGGGAUAUUGACUGAGAAAAAUGAGCAAGAAGCUGUAGCUGACAAUGCACAUAUUAUCAUCAAUUGCCUGAUUAAGCUUGUGGACUACCCUCAUAAGACGCUUGUUCGAGAGACAGCUAUUCAAUGUCUUGUUGCCUUGUCUGAGCUGCCCCAUGCGCGUAUCUAUCCUACGAGAACACAGGUACUACGAGCAAUAUCGAAGUCUCUUAAUGAUACAAAGAGAGCUGUUCGCCAUGAAGCUGUCAAAUGUCGGCAAGCAUGGGCGUCAAUUGCAUCCAGGAGUCUUCAUUUCUGAAGUUCAAAACUAACUUCCGAAGCUACUGGAUACGCCUUUGAACAUUGUUUUUUUCUAGUUGAGAUUCUUUCACCAAAAGAAAAAUCUGAAUUUUCAAAAUGGUGGAUGAUAUUACUUGUAAAUACCGAAGAUUGUUAAUCUUAUCUGCGCUGACAUUAAUGUAACCGUCGGUUGAAACAUGGUUUGUUUCUUGGGAGUGUGUAUGAUAGAUGGAAGAAAGAGAG